CACCCUUACAAAAGCCUCCUCACCCUUUCUGUUAAUCCUCAUUUCUCCCUCUUGCUUUUCUCUCUCAAUAUAUACACACACCUUUCGUUCCCCCUUUCCUCAAUCCACAAAAUAAAUUAAUUUAAUGGGUUUUGAUGAUUUAUGCAACACGGGUCUGGUUUUAGGGUUGGGGUUUCCGACGCCGUCUUCGUCGCCGGCCGCCGGGGACCUGAUCAAGUCCCGAAAGCCACCCGCCGGAGCAGCCCAAUCGAAGCUCGAUCACCUCGCCGGAAAAUUUUCGGAGCCGUCGCUGACUCUGAGCCUGUCGGGGGAAACCUAUGCGGUUAAAAAGGCGGAGCCGGAGGAGAUCAAAGGGUUCGCCGGCGUCGGCUACAGCGAGCAUCACUCGUCGGCCGAUCUGUACCGACAGGACAGCGCAGCCUCGUCUUUCUCGAACGUCAGCAGCGUGAAAAGAGAGAGAGAGAUGGGGAGCGAGGAGGGCGAAAUUGAACGGAAUAUUAACGUUGUCUCGUCGAGAAUUAGCGAUGAAGACGACGACGGGUCUAAUGGAAGGAAGAAGCUUAGACUUAGCAAAGCCCAGUCUGCCCUUCUUGAGGAAAGCUUCAAACAGCACAGCACUCUCAAUCCUAAACAAAAGCAAGAGCUGGCUAGGGAAUUGAAUCUCAGGCCACGACAGGUCGAAGUCUGGUUCCAGAACAGAAGAGCCAGGACAAAGCUGAAGCAAACAGAAGUGGACUGUGAAUUCCUGAAGAAAUGCUGCGAGACGCUGACGGACGAGAACCGGCGGCUGCAUAAGGAGCUCCAGGAGCUGAAGGCCCUGAAACUGGCUCAGCCGCUCUACAUGCAGCUCCCGGCGGCUACCCUCACCAUGUGCCCUUCCUGCGAACGGAUCGGCGCCGCCGUGCCGGAGAACGCGGCUAAGAGCCCCUACGCCGCCAUGGCUCCCAAGCCGCACUUCUACAACCCCUUCACAAAUCAGUCCGCAGCCUGUUGAUAAUUAAUUAAUUAAAAAGCUUGUAGAAAAUUAAAUAUAUAUAUAUGUAUUAGUACAUAUAUACAUAGAUAUGAAAUUAAAUUAAAUAUGGAUCCAUAUAUAUAUAUAUAUAUGUCCCUCCCAAAACCCUGUUUUUUAAAUUUGGUUUAGGGCUUUCAGUAAAAUUAAAGGAGAAGGUCGAUCAGCUAGCUAGCUAAUCUAUAGAUCCUCAUCAAUUAGCUAGGGAAUUAUACUACUAAUUAGGUUUUCAAUUUCCUCAUCGACGAUCCUUUAUUUAUUUUAAUUUGUAUACCAUAAUUAUUGUUAUUGUUAUAAUUAUUUCAUUACUAAUCGUAGGGACUCCUCCUCGAUUUUAUUAUUAUUAUUCAAUUAUUGAUCUAUGAUUGGUGAUUGUAUAUUAAUACUAUUAUGGAUUAAUUUUACAACCACUUUCAUGUA